GUUGUAACCUAACUUUUUAUAAUGUGUGGGUGUACUUGUUUCGUAUGAAAACUUUAUAAUUUUUAUGAUUUUCAACACAACAAAGUAAUAAUAAGAUUUUGUAAAUAAAAUGGAACAAAAAACUGAACAAAGAAAGACAAUCAAAAGUAUUUUGUCUAUACCAGGAACUCGCGCUAAUGUGCAAAGUGGUCAACUUCUUGUGUCUAGUGGAAUACCAAGCGUUGAUGAACUUUUAGGCGGUGGUUUACCUGUUGGAUCAGUGGUGCUUAUUGAGGAAGAUAGUGGUGGUUCCUAUUCUCGAGUGAUGUUAAGGUAUUUUUUAGCAGAAGGAGUUGUUCACAAGCAUGCUGUUUUUGUGGGAAGUCAAGAUUAUAAUCCUGGAAAAAUGAUCCAGAGCCUGAGCUUCUUGAUGAGCACAAAACAGAUAAAAUGACAAUAGCUUUUAGAUAUCAAAAACUUCCAAAAGUAAAAAAGCAGACCACUCACCAUUUUGGAAAUUAUUAUGAUUUAUCGAAAACAAUGUCUCAGGAAUGUUUUGAUAAUGUGAACAUUACAGAAUGGCCAGAUCAGUCUGCAUUGGGGGGUUGUCAGUUGUCCAGUAUGAGUUAUAAAGAAUUGCUCGUUGCAAUAAAAGAUAAAUUAGAGAAAGAUAAAUAUUUUAUUAACAGUAUAAGAGAAGAGAGGUCAAUUUUGAGAUUAGUUCUACAUUCUU